CUCUCUCAGUGGAUGGAGGACAGACAGCCGGUUCGGCGCUUGUUUCGGCUCCAGUUUGUCUCCAGAGUCAUCUUCAACCAUUGAGGUCACCAUCAACUUGGGUGUGAGAGUUUUACAGUAAUGUACUGUAUGUAUCAAGACCGUGAAGAGUUGGAGGAUGAUCUCUACCAAGAGGAAGAGGGAGACUCUGAGGCAUCAGAGGUCAACAGUGAGUUGGAGUUCUUCCUCUACAGCCAGCUCCACUACUCUUCUAAUGCUUUGGAAGUGGAAGAAGAGGAGGAGGAAAAGGAGGGCAGAGGUGAGAACACAGCAGACCAGGGCAGCGAGAAGGCUCCAGAUGCCGGCAAAGAACUGGAACUUCCAUCACCUGAUAUCGGCAAGGUACAGCAGCACCUGAAGAAGAGGAAGGACGAGGAGAAACGUGAUAAGAAGAGGAAAAGUGAUCCUAAAAGACAGUCUUCGUCAGGAUCCUCUCGUUUUGAGGAAGUCAUCGUAAUUGACUCCAGCUCUGACGUUAUCUCCAUCUCAGAGGAUGACACUGCUGAUGAUGAGGGCAUCUGUAGCUUGAAGUGUCGCAGCGUACACCAGCUGCAGACAUCCACCCCGGCACAACAGAGGGACCUGAAAAAGAAGAGCAGUCUCAGUGUGCCGGUGACUGUGGACAUCAGCAGCUCAGACUCGGAUUCAGAUGAGUCAGAAUCCAAAUCUGAGUCUGAUUCUUCAGAUUCAUUGGAUUCAACAGAAUCCUCUGAUUCAGAAGGUUUGGAGAACUGGAUGAUUCUGGGCCAAGGGAGACAGAAUGAAGACCAGUCUAUCUCACUCAACCUGGAAGGAGGAUCUGACAGCAAUACAGAUGCUGAAGAAGAUGAUGGCAGCUGGUUGGUCUCUGACAAGGACAAAGAGGCUCAGAUCUGUAACAAAGACAAAGGUGCCAGGACAGUGCUGCAGCGGGUUUCCAACAGAUACUAUACAAGCAAGAACGUCAAUUGUAGAAACUGCAACAAGACCGGCCAUCUCUCAAAGAACUGCCCAGAACCCAAGAAGUUGUCGCCCUGCUUCCUGUGUGGCACCCCGGGACACCAGACCAGGGACUGUCCCAACAGGCACUGCAACAACUGUGGCCUGCCUGGUCACCUAUACAGCUCCUGCAGUGAGAGGGCAUACUGGCACAAACAGUGUCAUCGCUGUGGCAUGAAGGGGCACUUCUUUGAUGUAUGUCCAGAGAUCUGGAGACAGUACCACAUCACAAGCAAAACAGGCCCUCCUGUGAUGCAGCAGGGAGAGGACAAUGGACGAUCGCCUGCCUUUUGCUACAACUGCUCCAGAAAAGGACACUUUGGCCAUGCAUGUACACGGCAGAGGAUGUUCAAUGGUGUGUAUGCCACCAUCCCUUUCAUCAGCCACUACGACACAGUAGAGGACAUCAACCGCAGACAACACAGGUUAAAGAUGAAGGUUAAGGAAAUGAAGAGAAAUGGCUGCUUCUCUAACACCUGUGAGAACCCCGUCAACCCAGAACCACCAAAGAAGAAACAGAAGCUCAACCAUCAUAAAAACAACCACACACACCACCAAAUCUCUCAGAACCACAAACCCAGUCGCAGCCAUAUCUAUUUUAAUAAUGAUGAUGAUGGUGACUUACUGACAAUACCAAAAAAAAAUAAGUUCAGCAAGUGCAAACAACAACAAAGUACUAGCAAUGUGAAAGCAUGGAAACCCAAGAGACCAGUGCCCACCUCAAGAGACCCAUCAACUAAAUUAUUUUUGGAUGAAGCGGAUGACUUUCCCAGAGGGGGAGGCAAAGGACGGGGCAUAGUGGGCAAAAAGAGCAACAAGAAUAAGAUGAAAAAAAAGGAAGAACCAAAAGGUGGACAAAGAGACAGAAGACCAGACCAUCUCUUUGGAGAGAAAAGGAAGAAGAAUCAAGCCCGGAGAGUUUCUAACAAAAAAUCUGCUGCAUCAAUGUAUCCAACAGAUGAAAACCUAUUUAUCAUCAAACAGAGGAAACGCAGAUAACAUCUGUUUUUGUGAGGUGUGAGUGGCUGUUAGGGCUGUGCUCUUUCUGAUCAAUUUGUUCAUAAUAUUUAGACACAUGACUCUGGUCUCACUGCAGAAGUGCUCCUGAUCUUUGUGUCAAAGGACAGGUUCACAGUUGAAAUCUGUCUUAAAACAAUGGCCCACUGUCCAUAUGAAUACUGGAACUUUGCCAACUUGCCAUUAAACAUCCAGUGUGUAAGAAUCCGUGGCUGAUUAGUGAAUCUAAUGGUGAGGCUGUAGAUUGUAACAAACGGGAGGACUCCUGUACGUUUACACCCUUAGUAUAGUUAGUUUGAGUUGGUAUGACCAAACAGUGAGGGUGUGGACAACACCUGUGGCUCAGGACCCUCCUGACGAAGAAACUGCGGCAAGUCAACAUGUCCAUGGCGUACCGGGGUGAUGAUUCUUGCUCGGCUAAAUGCGCUAACUUACCUGUGGAGGCAGAGAAGUUGGGGCCUCUCUGAUCCAGAGGAUGGACUUCUCCCUCUAAUGGAGAACAUGUAUAAAAACACCAAAGCUGUAGCUGCUCCACGAUGCCCACCCACCAGCCACCUGCUGACCUUCUGGAUGCUCCUCAUAACCUGCUAAUGCUACAUGAUGUAGAAACUGCAUUUGCAAGAGAUCACCUACUUGUCUGACCAGUAACUGAGCUAUAUUUCUGAUGUUUGUUUACAAUUUAUGGUGGAUUUGAGAUUUGCCUUUGUGAACAUGAACCAAACCAGCUUCAGAAUUAAACGAUGUAUCAAACUUCCAUCAGACAUGGGCCAACAAAGUGGACUAUACGGUGUGAAAGCACUAUUAGUCCUAUACACUGAACCUUUAAAAGAUCUCUUACCAAAGUACUGUCAGUGUAAAAUGUUUAUCUGAAACUAAUGAGAAGCUUCAUGUUUAAUGUGUUAGACAAAUUAAAUUAAAGUAUUGAUUAAUACAAACUUUUCUUUUCUGUUACAAUGUGGAUGACCAGACAAACACUGCCCAGGAAAAGGACGAGAGGAACACUGCUAAAGUCUUGGUUUUAGUCUUUAUAACACAUUCUUUCCACAAAAUUAUGAUGACAGAUUUUGUUCCCUAUCACUUACACCGGAAUUGUUUUUGGAAAGAAAGGAUCAUUUUAAUUAAAUGUAAUGAAACCAACACUCAUUUCUACAAUUUUGUCGGUGUGCAUUUUCUGGAGUUUGCAUGUUUUCCCUGUGUGUGCGUGGGUUUUCGUUGGGUUUCCUUCCACAGUUCAAAAACAUGUCGAGGUCAGUUGGACAUCCAAACAUGACCGUAGGUGUGAAUGUAAGAAUGAAUGGUGGUUCGUCUCUUUAUGUUGGCCCUGCGAUGGACUGGUGACCAGUCCAGGGAGUAACCCUGCUCUUCGCCGGUCACUGGGAUUGGCUCCAGCAGCCCUCAUGUGGAGGAUAAAGUGGUAGACCAUGAGUGAUUGAGAUUUUCACCUGUUCUUGUAUGAUUUGGAUAUCCAUCUUGUGUAACAUUUACCUACCAACAAUUUAAAGUCGGUUAGUCUUAUUUGCUGUGGUUACCUGAUAACACUUCAUAAUAAAAAACAGUUUAAAGCUGAUAAGGAACGUCACCACCUAACAUCAGGUGACAGUUCUGAAACUGGUUAACAAGGUAAAGGAGAACUUACUGUUGUCUUAGAAAGCUAACCAAAAGAGUUUAACAACAUAGUUUCUGGUUUCCUGUGUGCAAAAAUAAAACUUUAAUCUGCCCUGUC